AUGGCUUCGAAUAUCGAGCAAUCGCCUUUCUUCCAGGACCAGAGGUCAAAGGGCGAAAUCGUGGUUAAGGACCCUCCCAAGUUUGACCUAGAAUCAUACAUUGCCAACUACACCGGGUACACACGAAUCGACCGCCUGCACCACAUCGGCGCGCACUCGCCAUACCUCGCCGCCGACGCAUACCGCCUUGCCAUCGCCGAGGCAAAGAAGGGCAAGAAUGUUGCUCUAUACCAGAGUCUAGUAGAGGAAUACAGUCGCAUAUCACCACAAGAUGGUGCUUCCGUGGUCGACACGACAUGGGUUGAGAGGCAGACGAGGAUGGUGCGCGAGGAGCACGACCGGCUAGAGCAUGAGUUGAAGUCAUACAAGAACAACCUGAUCAAGGAGAGCAUACGAAUGGGCAAUGAAGACCUCGGUCACUUCUACUACGACACCGGCGACUUCAGCAGCGCACACAAGGCCUACAUGAAGAUGCGCGAACACUGCACCUCCCCUAAGCACCUCGCCGAUAUGACCCUCCGCCUCGUAUACGUUAGCAUCGCACAGAAGUCAUGGACAACUGUACUAGCCAACCUGGCCAAGUCGGAAGCCACUCAGCUCAAGGGCGAUGAGAAGGCUAAGCUGGAGCCCAUCAUCUCUGCUUGCAGCGGUUUAUGUCACAUGGCUACCGGCAACUACCGUGAAGCUGCGACAGCUUUCCUCGGCACCUCAGCGGCAUAUCUGACUGCAGAGCCAGCAGCGAACAUUACAUGGCAGAAGGAGGUCAUCUCAGGCAAUGACAUCGCCGUAUAUGGCGGUCUCUGCGCGCUUGCCUACAUGGACCGUACCGACCUACAAAACAAGGUGUUAGCAAACAGCGAAUUCCGCAACUUCCUUGAGCUCGAACCCCACAUCCGCCGCGCCAUCAACCUCUUCUGCAACUCCAAGUACAGCGCCUGUCUCGAAGUGCUCGAAGGCUACCGCAACGACUACCUCCUCGACCUCUACCUCUCCAAGAUGCUCAACACAAUCUACAGCCGGAUCAGGAGGAAGAGCAUUGUCCAGUACUUCAUACCCUUCAGCUGCGUCACGCUCGACGAGAUGGCCUCCAAGUUCCCGCCAGCACAGGGCCGAACCAUCGACGAGGACUUGGAGGAGAUGAUCAACCAGCGCCUUCUCAAUGCGCGGAUAGAUCUUGUCGACCGCCUACUCAUCUGCCCACCCACCGACCCCCGCCACGACGUACACGCCGACGCUCUCAAAAUGGCCGAAGCAUACGACCAUACCUUGCGCCUCCGGUUGACGCGUCUCAACAUGCAAGCAGCGGGUAUGGAGAUCUCGUCUCAGAAGAUGAACGAUAAGUCGUCUGGCAUGGGCAGUGGCAUCAGUGACACGUUCCGCGGUCUAGGUCAAAAGAUUGGGUUCUAG